UAGAAUGCUAAUUUUUAAAAAUCCUGACCUUACCCAUGCAAGGUGGAAUUCUUUUUACCCAGAACGCUUUGUCGUCAUAAUAUCUCAAAAUGGCGGACGGGAUCGAAGUUCCCGUUCAAGUGAAAAUUCUUGUUCAAGAAAUCGUCAAAAUUGAGUUUGAGAUCCAAAAUAAUGUGCAAAGCAUACGUCAAUGCGAGGGGCCACUUAAUUUACUCAAUGACUUGAAUCUGAAGGUUAAACAAAAGUUGCAUUCUUUGCGACAGAAAGUCGAGGGUUUGGAGCAAGUGGCUUUUGAGCAAGACAAAGAAUCUGACAGACUAGCUAUAUUAGCAGCCAUGCAACAUCAUAGAAAAGAGUUGUCAAGCCUCCAGGCAUCGAUCAGGAAAGCUAAUUUAGCUUCAAAGGCUAUUAUUGACAAAAGUGAAAAGGAAGAAUUAUUGGGAGGACAAGCCUCCAAUGUACGAAACAGGACCUUCAACAAAGAGAAUUUGGCAAAGACUGCAAGUAACAUAACUCAAGAUUUAAUGAGUAUUGCAAGAAUGAUGGAGGGUCAAGUCAAACAGAGUGAAGCUGAUAUGCAGAUAUUAGCCUCAUCAUCUGCACAGGUUAAAGACACACAAGAAGAAUACAAGGGAUUAUCGGGAGUAAUUCAAACCAGCAAGAACCUCUUAAACAAAUAUAACAGACGGGAAGUUACAGAUAGACUUUUGAUCUUCUUUGGACUUGUCUUAUUCUUUUCCACUGUUCUUUACAUUUUGAAGAAGCGGCUUCCGAUAUUUGGGGGCUAAAAGCUAAUUACAGUUCAACCCCUAUUAACAGCCACCCUCUGCAAAAUGGAUAGCGGCCACUUAAAGGGGCAGGAUAGAGGUAAAAAAUAUAUAUAAAAGCCCUCAUCGGGACUUUGAUUACUAACUGUCUUAUAGGGGUGGCAGUUUAAAAGGUGGCUGCUCAAUAGGGGUUCGACUGUAAAUCAUAUUAAAGUUUUAACAUAAUUAUAGAAUAUUUUAUUUAUUAUAAUUAAAAAUCAGAAUCCAUAAGACUGCUUAAAGUUAAUAUUCUCUUAGGUAGGUAAAGUAAAAUAGCAGAUAGGUAGUGAGAACAUAGGAAUGCGUCAGCUAGAUGUGAAGCAUGAAACAUGUAUAACACAACUUCAUGUUGUCAUGGUGCAAGACGUCCCUGAAAUAAUAAUUUAAUAACAAUAAAUUGCUUGUUUUCAGCUGGUGUUGUUGCUCUAGAUCAAGUCAUUUUAUCACUAUUUUCAAAGCCCAAGCAAAUAGGCUUCCUUUUCUUGUAUGCAAGCCUUAUAAUGGAUGAAACAUCUGACUGAUGUGACCCAAUAAAGACAAGUCCAUCCUGAUAACAUGGCUUUACAAAGAAUGUUCUGUCUAGAGUUGGCAGUCAUUAUAUUUGGGUGGAAAAUAUCCUUUAGGGUAGGGAGGGGGCAGAAUUUUGCAAGAGGUUAAGAAAUCUGUUCAAGCCGCAGUUUUUAUUGAUAAGUCUGCAUCAAAUGUACAACACUGGGCUUAGUUGUUCGAAGGGUGGUAAAUGCUAUCCAACAGAUAAGUCUAGAUCCAGUGGAUAAUUCUUGACAAAACAAACUGCAUGAUCCAGUGAUAUGUCUGAUUGAGAGAGCUGACCACCUUUUGAAUAAGUGGGGCUAGGAACUUUUAAUAUUAUUUUGCCAAUAAUUUUCAUGUUCAUUCCUAAUUUGGUCUUUUCUGUGAGGCAUGCAUUCCCAAACAGAUGAGCUUUUCCAGGUUGCAAUGAGGAUUUCAGAAACAUGCAUCUGUUGAAAUUCACGAUCCAAAAUUCAACAUUAAUUUUAUUGUAAGUGUUUUUUUUGUUGUUAUUGUUGUUUUUCCCUGAAAUUAGGGAUAGACUGCAGAAAAAUCACAUGCUAGAAACAAAGGCUGACAUGCACACCAUUUAUGUUUGAGUUAUGAGAUCACAAAGAAAAUACUCAAUAAUUUCAUAUCGUUUUAUUCUGCAUUGUAUACUGGCUGCCCUGGGGCAAUUAACUGGCCACUUUAGAAAGGCAGAAAUUGCAGGGAGAUUUUGAUAAGAGUAAAAGCUUUGGAUUGGUGAAUGGCUGUGACAAAAAUCCCUGGUUGUUGUAGAGGGCUGGCUGAUGGUGUAGUACGUGGAUUUUUUCAACUUUACUAGCAUAGAAAACUAAGUACAAAUAUAUCAAAAUACAAACACAAGAUGAGUUUAAUUCAUUUUUAUCACCACAUUUGAUUUUCAUUCACAUGCAUACAAGCAUCAUAACUCUCAAGUAGGAAAAGGACUAAGUAUGGUGAAGGAAUGUCGUUUUAUCUUCUUGUCAUCGUUUACAACUAUAAUUUGGGAUUACCAGCUGGUAGGAAAAGAAAAGUGACCAUCUUACACAUUUGAAAAUAUCUAGAACCUUUCAAAGAUACUGAACAAUGUGAAAGGCGGAAAUUCGCCAUCUUUAUUCUCUCAUCAUACUAACAAUAGCCUAAAAAGCCACAAUUCUGCAUGCAGUUUGGAUCAAGGUAGACAUUAUAUGGAUCUCAUUAUUUACAACAAUAUGUCAUUUUCAUCAUAGCAUGAUUGAAACAUUCAUUGCUACCUAAUAUUUUGUGCUGCUUUAAAGUAGAAAUGUAGUGAGAUGCAUGAGGCAUUGUUUCAAUGUUAAAGAUUCGACACAAGUUUGUUAUACAAGUCUGUGAACUACGAAUCAAUCGAUCUACUAACUAAAGCUUAAAGUAUAUCCAAAGAUCACAGUAUCUCCAUCCGUAAAUUCUUGUGAC